GUCAAUCCGCGCGCUCCUCCAGCGGAGCCAAACUGCGCGCUCCUGAGUCUCUAUAUUAAUCCGGUAAAGCGCCGCUAUCCGUUCAGCACCACUGACUGUGUGAAGAGAGUUAAAGCGCUGACAGUGGGUGUUUAAGGACGGAAAGCUCUGGAAAUCGUUCUUCGUUUGGACAGCUACUUGUGUGUGAUUUUGUUUAAGUGACAGGAAGUUAAAUGCGUUUGACGCGUUUGUGAGAAGGACUCCAACAGUUUGUUCAACAUAUGCACUGACUGUUCUCACUCGGAUUCGGUUCUCACUGGAAAAAAAGCUUUGGAUCUCCACUAACUACAUCUGUGUUUCGGUCUUAUGCUUGUUUUAAGUGAUUUAUAUUAGCCUGUGGUCAAAGAGCUACACGCAUUUUUAUUUAAAUAACAUACUUCAAUGUUUUUUUCGAAUAUCUGACUUUGUGGAAUUGCGUUUUUUACGCCAAACGUCUUUUUUUACUCCAACUAACUGAAUUUACUUAAGUUUUUGAUGAUGAUGAGAGCUCUUUUUGUGGCACUGCUGCUUUUAUACGCGUCAGGGAGCGGGAAAGUGGCUGGCGCGAGUGGCGCAAAAGGAAACCGCUUCGUGUGCACUGCCGUGCCCGCGGGCACCGACCUUAGUUGCCCGGUGGACACGAACAACCGGGUCCAAAGCACAAGUCCCCAGGAGGAAGAGUUGCGGAAUACUAUCAUUCAGCUUCGAGAGACCAUCCUGCAGCAGAAGGAAACUAUCGUCAGUCAGCAGGGCACCAUCAAAGAGCUUAACUCCAAACUGGCGCGCUGUGAGGCGGACGCCAAGUCGCGAGGCAGCCCGCGCAGGAAGGAUUAUAGUAAAAACACGAUGGGCGAUCUGCCGCGUGACCCCACCGAAACUGUGGAGCAGCUGGGUAAGACCAUGCAGAGCCUCAAAGACCGACUGGAGAACCUGGAGCAGCAGCUGCGUACCAACACAUCAGGUGGAAUGUUUCCCAACGAGCUGAGAGACCUGCUGAAGCGUCGUCUGACAGACCUGGAGAGCCAGCUGCUGACCAGAGUGGCCGAACUGGAGGAGGAAAAGAGCCAGCUGUACAACGAGACGGCCGCUCACCGCCAGCGCACAGAGAACACCCUCAACUCGCUGCUGGAAAGGAUCACCGAGCUGGAGAAAAGUAACAGUGCAUUCAAAUCUCCAGAGGACUUCAAGGUGUCUCUGCCUCUGCGCACCAACUACCUGUACGGCCGCAUCAAGAAGAGCCUGCCAGAGAUGUACGCCUUCACCGUCUGUAUGUGGCUGAAGUCCAGCGCCAGUCCUGGAAUCGGAACCCCGUUCUCUUAUGGCGUCCCGGGACAAGCCAAUGAGAUUGUGCUGAUAGAGUGGGGAAACAGCCCUAUGGAGCUCCUCGUCAAUGAUAAGGUAGCUCAGCUUCCUCUCUCCGUGAGUGACGGCCGCUGGCAUCACAUCUGCAUCACCUGGACAACCAGAGACGGCUUCUGGGAGGCCUAUCAGGAUGGAGAGCGACUAGGGACUGGAGAGAAUCUGGCCCCCUGGCACCCAAUUAAACCUGGAGGAGUCAUUAUCCUAGGCCAAGAACAGGACAUCGUAGGUGGGAGAUUUGAUGCCACUCAAGCUUUCGUAGGAGAGUUAAGCCACUUCAACAUUUGGGACAGAGUCCUGCGUCCUAUAGACAUCUCUGCUAUGGCCAACUGUUCAGCCUACAUGCCUGGCAAUGUGGUGCCGUGGGUCGAUGCCAACGUGGAGGUAUUUGGCGGUGCCACAAAAGCAGCGCUGGAGAUUUGCGAAGACCGUCUCUUUGAUUCCUAAGGACACGUUUGUCAGUUUGGAAGCAUUCUCGUCAUAGAGGUAACCCACAUCCCAAUACUGCUCUGGGAAACAAAGACAGCUCAAAAAAACACGUUUACGUUCUCACAUGAUGGAUUAUAUCGUCUUCUAUUCUGCUUUCUGUUUGUUGAGACUUUGCUGUCAGCUGGACCAAUAACUAAAAUGACUGUGAUUAAUUAGAAAAAAAAAAUCAUUCUGCACAUUUCAAGGUCAGAAUAGAGUAUUUGCGGCUCUGGUUGAAGCUAAACUUUCUUGUUGAUAUGAUAUAUGCUUUUCUCUGUGCUGUGUCCUUCAGAAACUUCUUCUCUCUCCACAAACUCAUGGGUAUUUUAAGAAAUGCAGUAAAUGAUGGAUUUUUUUUGCCAUUUUCGCUUUGAGCUUUUGUCAUGUUGUGUAUAAGCCGAUGCCCUUCAAACCCCUGAAAAGAAUUCAACUGCAUAGUUUCUUUGUUAAACAUUAAUGAAUGAGCUGUGACGUUCAACACACGAGGAAGCAUUCAGACAGAAUUAUGUCUGUGUCUUUGAUCCAGAGAUUAGUGGAGGAAACAUUCACAUUUGAAAAAUCUGCUUUAACAUCGCUAUCCCUCAGCAGCUGCCGUCUCGAGCAGAUCUGACAUCCAGAAACCUUAAAAAGUAGCAAAGCUGCCAAGGACUGACCCGCAGCUCUCAGAAGCUCCCGGGGGAAGGUCUGGCUGCGGGACAGAACGGGACGGUCUGGCUGAUGUGGUUCACCUCGUGAAGCUACUUUAAUUUCAUUCAGUUUGUGAAUCCCAAAUUGUGCUGAUUUUUGACAUGCGCAGAACAUGGCGUAAUGAGAUUAACUGUGAGAACUCGACCAGGAAUGUGUGCUAUACUUUUUUAAUAGCGUUUUACUGAAACAAAAAAACAUAUUUUUCGUUCAGAUGAAACAGAAAUAUUGAUAGGCACUAAUGAGGUUGACAGCGCUUGCGCUUGUUUAAAGCGUGAUGUCAGGAAGUUUGAUUUAUCUGACAGUUUGAUGCUACAAAUGAGUGAAUCUCACGAAACCUGUCAAGAAUAUGCCCAGGUCAUAUUUUCCCCUCCAAAUUUAAAACAGAGAAAAAAGAGAAAUUAUAUUUUGCAUAAGAAAAUGCACUUUAACAUUAAAUUUAAGCACAUUUGCCCCAGAUUCUCAUUACCAUAAUGCAAAAAAAUAUAUUUUUAUUGUGAAGUGUUUAUGGUAGUCCUGUUUGCUUUUUUUACGUAAAUAUUAUUUUACUGUAAUUUUAUUGAAAUAAAAACAGUAUUACUGGCAUUACAAUAACGAGAAUCAACCUUGAGAACUCAAAAAAGGGAAAUGUGCAUAUAAUAAUAAUAGUGUCACAAAAAAAGAGGCUUUUUUUUAACCUGCAGAUGUUUUCGUGAGAUUCACUUGUGUGCUUUCUGAUUUUCUUAGUGCUUGAUAUAUUUAGAUGACUUCUUCAAAUUGUACAUUUGUGUUGAAGUAGAGCAGUGCAAUAUAUAUGGGACACUUUAUGUAAAUGUUGUCCUCAGCAUCGUUUCUGUGUUUUCGCGUCUAAAUGCACCGGCGGGCCUGUCGCUGUCGCUCCGUCUCGCUGUGUUACAUGGAUGUUUUCAUUUCAUCUUUCAACGUGUUGUGCACAAAGGCCAGAUCAAAGUCUGUGAAAUUCACUGUGGUGCGGCAUUCUUACACAAUAGACACUAAUAAUGCAUUAGUGUGUUUCCCUUGUCGACACGUGUUUGUAUUUGGGCUACAAGAGCUCUACCGCUCUACCGAAAUGCACUGGAAUGAGAUGACACUCUUCUGAAUACUCAGUUUCUUUCUUUUGAAUGUAAUCUACUGCUAUUUUGUGUCAUACAUGUACUUAGAGGAACAAAAAUCUCGUAUGUAAAUGCAUUUUGAUCUGUUAUGCUGCCUUCAGGUCCUGUUGAGAUCAUUAUAUGUCGUAACGACCAAUGGGAACCGCUGAAUUGAAUUAAAGAAUCAUGGUGGAUGCUAACUGAUAUUGGUCAUGAUUGUUGAUGAAGAACAAACAAUUAAAUUUGGGUGGUGAAGAGAUAAACCUUCAGUUGCACUCCUAAUGUGCAUCUUUUGCUCUUCAUUGGUUUCUUGUCAUUUCAGAAAUUGAAAAAGUAAUAGAAACUACGGAUUGUCCAGUGUGUCCAUGUUAUUCUGACCAAAUCGUAAUUAUGAUUUCCAAACACACAUGCAUGUUGGACUUGAAGGCAGCAUUAGGGCGAAAUGUUUACUUGUUUAUAAUCUGAUCUGAUUUUGUUUCAGAAUGUAACAUGAUAUUUUUGUCCAAAAUGAAUGGCCUUUUUCUGAGCACCGACUGUGCUUUCUGGGUUUUUCAAGGAUUCAACCUCUAAUGUAAGACCGCAGUGUGAAAUGACAAGGGCGAGGGAAAUAAUAGACCAAAAAAUGGGUUUAAUGUGAAAUCUCUCUUUCCUUGUAUACAGAGCAACCUGGCGAUGUUGUUCAGCAUGGAGGAAUGGUUGAAUGUCCUUCUUCACCCAAUAAAUGAUUCUGAAAAUCACUGA